UUUUUAUUUUAUAAAAUUUAAAAUCAAUAAAACUCAUUUCUAAACACAAAUUCACAUUUAAAAAGCAAACAAAUAUAAAAUGUUGAUGAAAAUAUUUCACAUUACAAAUUUGCAUUAUUCAUUGCAUGCAUUACACAGAUGUUAUUGUUAUUUAAAUAACAAUAUAUACAGCUUGAUGUUAUUGUUAGUUAAAAAGGUAGCGGUUGGCUCCGUGGUCGGACUGAUUAUCUAUCACUCAGAUAAGUUGAGAUUCGUGCGGCUGCUACUCCCGUUGGAAUGGUGACCACAUGAAGAGCCGACUUCUCAAAAUAUAAUUUAUGACUUCCCGGUGGUUCGGAACAUACCAAAAGCAACUCCAGUUUUUCAACAUGUCUGUUUUUAUUGUUAAUCGAUUUCACUUUCAAUACUUACCUUCAACUUAAUAACACCUCAAUGUGAUCUUAUUUUGUAGAGUAAAAGAAAUAGUGAAGGAUGGCAACUCGAUCCUCGAAGUGGUUUCGGCUGAGCAUGCCAAGUUGGUGGCCAUGGCUAAUGAAACCAGUUGCGACCAAGAAAAGCUCACAAAAAACAAUUCUGGCUCAACUGUUGAACAGACUAUGAAAAGAAAAGUGGAGAAGUCAUCCAAGUUGAGCAGUGAGCCGGCAGGCAAAGUUGGCAAAGCAUGGAAUGGAGCAGCGGUGAGUGCGACUGCAGCUGCAGCGGCGGCGGCGGCAGCGGCCACAUCAUCCGGCCACGUCAGUCCGGCAACUGCCAGUCACAAAGACGAGAAGCGCACCAAGCAAAAGAAAACCAGUGACAUCAUGUCGCUGCUUUCCAUGCCGUCAGCAAGAGAAAAGGAAAAUAAAAAGGUUGGUGAAGAGAUUCUAGCGCUGUUGAGUAAACCAACAGCUAAGGAGCGAUCAUUAGCCGAGCGUUUCAGAUCACAAGGUGGAGCUCAGGUGAUGGAAUUCUGUCCGCAUGGAACAAGAGCUGAUUGCACAACAGAUCACUGCAAGAAACUGCAUUUCAAGAAGAUAAUUCAAAAACAUACCGAUGAAUCUCUGGGCGACUGCUCUUUUUUGAAUACCUGCUUUCACAUGGACACUUGCAAAUAUGUCCACUACGAAGUAGAUGGCCCCACUGUACCUUUGCCCAAAGAAGGUGGACUGACAGGGGAAGAUAAGGUGCAGGACGGAAAUGUGCUCAAAUGCCAGGAUGCUACCAUUCUCUACCCGCCUCAGUGGAUUCAGUGUGAUCUUAGGUAUCUGGACAUGACGGUUUUAGGUAAAUUUGCUGUGAUUAUGGCUGACCCCCCAUGGGAUAUUCAUAUGGAGUUACCUUAUGGUACAUUGUCAGAUGACGAAAUGAGACAACUUGGCAUUCCUACACUACAAGACGAUGGUCUCAUUUUUCUAUGGGUCACUGGCAGAGCUAUGGAAUUGGGCCGAGAAUGUUUGAAGCUGUGGGGCUAUGAGAGAGUCGAUGAGAUCAUAUGGGUGAAGACAAAUCAGCUUCAGAGGAUUAUCCGGACAGGACGCACUGGUCACUGGCUUAAUCACGGAAAGGAACAUUGCUUGGUUGGCAUGAAGGGAUCACCACGUAAUUUGAAUAGAGGGUUGGACUGUGAUGUGAUAGUCGCUGAAGUAAGAGCUACUAGUCAUAAACCUGACGAAAUUUAUGGAAUAAUUGAACGUCUUUCACCUGGCACUAGAAAAAUAGAAUUGUUUGGCCGACCACACAACGUGCAACCCAAUUGGAUAACUCUUGGAAAUCAAGUGGAUGGUGUACGUCUUGUCGAUCCAGAGUUGAUCAAAGCAUUCCGUAAGCGCUACCCGGAUGGAAACUGCAUGGCCCCUCCCAAGACGUGAUUGAUGCAGCCACAGCAAUUCCUAUAAAGCUGACUUGACUCCAUAAAAUUUGCACUCAACUACGAAAUUGACUUUUCAAAAGUAUAUCUAGUCACGAAAACGGACUAUUUAUUCAUAAAACGUGCAUGUACAUAGUAUGGACAAUGUUAGGUAUAGAAUAUUUUUCAUUUUUUAUUAAUGUAGAUUGAUGAACACUAAUAUUGUAAUAGCUGUAGUACAGUAUUUAGACUAUGAAUAUUCCAAGUAAAUAUUUAUUAUUCA